CAAUAAGUAUUUUCGUUUUAUCACUGAACAAGUGACAAGAAUUCAACAAAUUAUAGAAAAAGCUUGUCUUGUCUUAUUUUUGCUUGCUAAAAUGGCAGAAGAUGACUGGAUAGCAGCAGUAAACGAACAAGAAGGUGUUUUUGACAAGGUUGCCCAGAUGAAGAUAAACCAUGAAAAUGCUUCAGAUACGCAAACUUCUCUUUCCAAGGACGAUAAUUGGGAAGGGACAGAUGAGAAACCCUUGUCGAAGGAGGAAAAUUCCCUUCUUACUAAAGUAUUAAGAGCAAAGCUUGUUGAAUCAACUAAGGAGGUUGAAGUUCAACAGAAAGACCCCAAUUCACCUUUAUUUUCUGUCAAGUCAUUUGAAGAACUACCCUUGAAAGAAUCUUUGCGUCGAGGUGUUUACGGAAUGGGUUUCAAUUCACCUUCCAAGAUACAAGAGACAGCACUUCCAGUAUUGCUAGCAGAUCCACCAUGCAAUAUGAUUGCUCAGUCGCAAUCUGGAACAGGAAAAACUGCCGCCUUUGUUUUGACCAUGUUGUCUCGUGUCAACCCUGAGAUGAACUAUCCACAGGUUAUCUGCCUCUCACCCACAAUGGAGUUGGCCAAACAAACGGGGAAAGUUGCAUCUCAAAUGGCCAAAUAUUGCGAAAAUAUAAAAAUUGUUUAUGCAAUACGAGGCAACAGAUUGUCACGUGGUGAGAAAAUCAACGGUCAUAUUAUUAUUGGUACACCCGGCACCAUGUUGGAUUGGAUUUUGAAAAUGAGGGCUUUCGAUCAAAAGAUUCGCGUGUUUGUUUUGGAUGAAGCGGACGUGAUGAUCGACACUCAGGGACACAAAGAUCAAUCCAUCAGGGUACACAGAUUUUUGCCAAAAGAUUGCCAAUUGUUGUUGUUCUCGGCAACCUACGAUCAGGAAGUAAUGAAAUUUGCCGAAAGCAUAAUUCCUGAACCUGUCGUGAUCCGUUUACGUCGUGAAGAAGAGAGCCUAGAAAACAUCCGUCAGUAUUACGUCUUGUGUAACGGCAUGGAGCAAAAGUACGAGGCCUUGAGUAACAUGUAUGGCGUACUAUCGAUUGGUCAAUGUAUCGUUUUUUGUCGUACAAGAAAAGCCGCCGCUUGGUUGUCUGAGCGAAUGUCACGUGACGGUCAUUCAGUCGCUUUGCUAUCAGGUGAAAUCACCGUGGAGCAGAGGAUAGCUGUUCUUGAUCGCUUUCGAGCUGGCAAAGAGAAACUGCUGAUCACAACGAAUGUCUGCGCCCGUGGUAUCGACAUUCAGCAGGUUUCCGUCGUGGUGAAUUUUGAUCUACCCGUCGACAGAACCUUAUCAACACCGGAUUAUGAAACUUAUCUUCAUAGAAUUGGAAGAACUGGACGAUUUGGACGAUAUGGCUUGGCCGUAAAUUUCGUGAACGAGGGCUGGGAUUUGUCAGUUUUGAAAAAAAUCGAAGAACAUUUUGGUCGUCCGAUAGUAGAACUCAACGCAAACGAUCCGGAUUCGUUGGAAAAAUUAAAUGAGUAGUCGAAUGGUUUGAUUCGUUUGUUCAAAGCUUGGCAUCGUUCAACUCUAAUGUGCCAUUUAUGAAGUUUAAUUUACGGAAAGAUUGUUUGGUUGAAAAUUAGUUUCUUGUUUGCUGUUCUUUUGUUGGCUGGCCAUAACGCUAUCUAUCUCAUGUCGGUGUGAGGAAAGUUUGACCAUGGCGCUAUCUGCUCAUGUCGUUGUAAAGAAGUGGCCUUUUUAAGAUGAACACAACACAAGAACUUUUAUAAUGACAAUUCUUAAUUCUUCAUGUGGCAAAUUCAGUAAAACUUUAUCGUUUUAUACAACUUUAUUUUAUUAGUUUCCCAAUCUAUUUGGGUAUUGUAGUUUUAUUUUCACCAUCAAAAUAGGAUUUGAGUGCGUGUCAUAAGCAUA